CCAAUGGCGGGGCGAGGAGGUUCUUUUAAACGGCGGAGCCCGGCAGCCAAUCAGGCCGCUCUCGGAGGCAGCCAACGCGAGGCUGAGCCGAGCAGUGCUGAGCCCAGCGUCGUGCCCUGCGCUCCAGCUACUGCCCAGACUAGCGAACAAUACAGAGACAAGAUGGCUAAAGGUGACCCGAAGAAGCCUAAGGGCAAGAUGUCUGCUUAUGCUUUCUUUGUGCAGACAUGCCGUGAAGAACAUAAGAAGAAGAACCCAGAGGUUCCGGUCAACUUUGCAGAGUUUUCCAAGAAGUGCUCAGAAAGGUGGAAGACCAUGUCAGGCAAAGAGAAGUCCAAAUUUGAUGAAAUGGCAAAAGCCGACAAGGUACGAUAUGAUAGGGAAAUGAAGGAUUAUGGACCAGCUAAGGGUGGCAAGAAGAAGAAGGAUCCUAAUGCCCCAAAACGGCCACCGUCUGGCUUCUUCCUGUUCUGUUCAGAAUUCCGUCCCAAGAUCAAAUCCACAAAUCCUGGCAUAUCUAUUGGGGAUGUAGCAAAGAAACUUGGUGAAAUGUGGAACAACCUCAGUGAUGGUGAAAAGCAGCCUUAUAAUAAUAAGGCAGCUAAACUGAAGGAGAAAUAUGAAAAGGAUGUUGCAGACUACAAGUCUAAAGGAAAGUUUGAUGGUGCAAAGGGUGCAGCAGCCAAAGCUGCUCGGAAAAAGGUAGAGGAAGAAGAUGAAGAGGAUGAGGAUGAUGAAGAGGAGGAUGAAGAAGAUGAGGAUGAUGAAUAAAACUGUACAAUAUUUGUCUGUGAAUACCAUAGAGUAGGGGAAACACCAUAAAUGAAGCACCUCUUAUUUGAGAUGGUGCUGUUGCCCUCAUUAGGCUUAAUUACAAAAUUCGGAUUCUGAUCACAUUGUAGUUUCUAAAAGUGCUCUAGAAAUUGUAACUGGUUUACAUGAAGUGGCCAUGGGUGUCGUGAGCACCCUGAAACUGUAUCAAAGUUGUACAUAUUUCCAAACAUUUUUAAAAUGAAAAGGCGCUCUAGUGUUCUCCUCACUCUGUGCACUUUGCUGUUGGUGUAACAAAGCAUUUAAAAAUGUUUCAAGCAUUUUUUUAAUUUGUAAGGUGGUGUUACUAUAUGGUUAUUGGCUAGAAAAUCCUGGGUUAUAAACUGUACAUAUCUAUAGUUUGUAAAAACUAGACAAAUUCUUGUGGUACAUGCUUAGAGUUGUGAUGCCUUGAGGGAGGGGUGAUGACUUUGGAAGGCUGUACCUUCCAUAGGGUGCCAUGGCCCAAAGCAUGCACUGUGAGGGUAGAUCUAUUUACACUACAGUGGGCGUCCAUUUAGCUUAAAGUUGUCUUUCUGUAUAUAGUGAAAUUAGCAUUCUGCUGCCAUUCUUAGUUGUGGAAGGGGGUUCAGCUGGCAUGAGAAGUGUAUGGGUUUUUUUUAGUUAAGUGCGGUAGUUUUUUAAACUGAAACUGUAGACCUCUCUUCAUCGUCAACGGAGUGAAGAGCAAGUGCAGCAAUUGAAGUUCAAAAACACUCUGUACUUAAACAAAUUUGCAACGUUAUGUUGGUUUUUUUUGUAUGUUUAGAAUGCUGAAAUGUUUUUUGAAGCAAAAUAAACAGUAUUACGUUUUUAAAACUGUUCUUGACAACAUUCUAAAUUUCUGGUUUGAAAAGUACCUUAACAGCAAAAAGUUCAUUUUGAAGUUGGUGGCAUCCCUCAGGGUGGGUAACUUAGGAAACAUUCUGUCUCAAGGAUAAAAAUGGUGGCUAGCUAAAACUGGCUGAAUUGAAAGAGAUGGCUACUCAAGCUAAUAUGCAAUCUUACCUGUUUAUGGCUGAGUGGCGUAAGAUGCUAUGCAAGUUUGAAUUUUAUUACUUGAACAUGGGAGCCUAAAUGAACAUUCAUGACUAAUUGUGUGUGUAUAUAGCAGCAUUCAGAGAUGCAGAAAGGUAGGUGGCUAGGAAUGAGGCUGAUUCAACUGAACAAUUAUAAAAGCAUACGUUAAAUUGGAUUUUUUUUUUUUUUUUUUUCAGUUGUGUUGGGUACAUUUAUAGCCCAAAUGCAUUGCUGUACAUAUUAAAAUGUGCCUUUUUUGUCCUGUG